AUGCAGCUCACGAACAACCUCCUCCUCGGCCUCCUCGGCGCCUCCGCCGCCUCCGCUGCCGCCAGGGCCCACCGCCACCAACACCUGCCCGAGUACAAUCCCCACGCCCCGUGGCAGAAGCACUACCACCCCCACUAUAUCGGCUGGAACAGCACCGCUGACAGUUGCGACGCCUCCGGCGACGAUACUCCACCCUCCGGCAAUCCCCCAUCUUCCUCCACCGCCCCUUCCACGCCCUCGGGGACAGGCACCACCCAGCCGCUUCCGCCGCUGCCGAGCGGCGGCCUCGGCGUGCGGCUGACCCCUUUUGUUGCCGUCUCAGGCGCUGGCCCUGGCGCUGGCGCGGGAAGGAGGGAGGAGCGCCUGGGGUUUGCUGCCGUGCUGGGGGUGACUGGGGUUGUGCUUGUUGCUGCGGUGCUGUGUUGA